CUUAAAAACAAGGCUAGCCCAACGUAGCGUGACAGUCGACAGCAACCUUCGCGGGCGAAAUACGCGGCAUGCCUCAUCUGAGAACAUGACGCUCUGACGCGCGCGAAACCACGCACCUGAAAUAGAAAUAAAACCUGAUGUUUAACACACCAAUAAAAAAUAUUGGCCAGAAAUAAAAAUAAUUGUGCCAUAAAAACAGACAGUGAAUUCGAAUUUUAAAAACCGCGUUCUUUUUGUCGGUUCUUAUUUUUUUUUUAUUUCGAACUUUAUUACAGUGAAAAUGGGUUUGAAGCCAGAAGAAGAUAAAAGGCCCAGCAAGUUGGCCAUUAUGGAUGAGGAGACAUCAGACACACCACGCGGCUUGGGUCGGCGGCACUUCGUCACGUUCAUGCUGUUCCUGGGCAUGGCGAAUGCGUAUAUCAUGAGGACCAACAUGUCCGUAGCCAUUGUCGCUAUGGUAAACCAUACAGCGCUACCGGUGGUCGCCGAACACAUAGACACGGAGUGCGGGGUGGAUCACGCAAAUGCCUCAAGUAAUGCGGCCCAAGACGGCGAGUUCGUUUGGAGUUCAACACUGCAAGGGUACAUUCUAUCUUCGUUCUUCUAUGGAUACGUCCUCACACAAAUUCCCUUCGGAAUAUUGUCCAAAAGGUACGGCGCCCGGCUGUUCCUCGGCGUGGGCAUGUUAAUCAACUCCGUGUUUGGAUUGCUGGUACCGAUCGCGGCUCACGCUGGCGUUGAGUGGCUCAUCCUGAUCCGAUUCAUUCAAGGUUUAGGAGAGGGACCAAUAGUACCAUGCUCGCAUGCUAUGCUGGCCAAGUGGAUCCCUCCAAACGAGAGAAGUAGAAUGGGUGCAGCCGUUUAUGCCGGGGCUCAAUUCGGCACCGUAAUCUCGAUGCCUCUAUCCGGUCUAUUGUCAGCGUAUGGCUUCUCCGGCGGCUGGCCUUCCAUCUUCUACGUAUUCGGUGUUAUCGGAACAAUCUGGUGCCUCGGAUUCCUGUUCUUCGUCUCUGAAGACCCGGAACAGUGCACGCGCAUCCAGGAGAACGAGAAGAAAUAUAUCUUGAACUCAUUGUGGGGUACGGCAGGUUCUAGCUCGCCACCAAUUCCAUGGAGCAAGAUCCUGAUGUCGAUGCCAUUCUGGGCCAUAAUGUUGGCUCACAUGGGCCAGAACUACGGCUACGAGACGCUCAUGACCGAGCUACCUACAUUCAUGCGACAAGUGCUACACUUCUCCAUUAAAGAUAAUGGCUUCGUCUCCGCCUUGCCAUAUCUCUGCAUGUGGCUGUUCUCCAUGUUCAUCUCAGUGGUCGCCGACUGGAUGCUGUCCAGCGGUCGGCUCAACCAUACACAAGUCAGAAAGAUCAUCAACAGUAUAGGGGAGUACGGCCCAGCCAUCGGCCUGUUCAUCGCUGCGAACACGGGCUGCAACCCGGCGGCGACUGUCGCCAUCCUAGCUAUUGGGGUCGGCCUCAACGGUGGUAUCUACUCCGGUUUUAAGGUGAACCACUUGGACCUAUCGCCGCGUUUUGCCGGCAUCCUGAUGGCGUUCACUAACUGUCUCGCCAACCUGACCGGUCUGCUGGCACCCAUCGUAGCCGGAUACAUCAUCGAGGGCAGACCAACACAAGCACAAUGGAGAAAAGUAUUCUACAUCGCAGCCGGUGUGUAUAUAUUCUGCGGAACAUUCUACAAUAUAUUCGGCUCUGGCAGAAGACAAGACUGGGACAAUCCAGCGGAGGAUGAGGCGAUAGCGAAGAAAGCUGCGGAAAAGAAAGCGGCCAAACAGGAGAGAAAAGCAGCUAAAAAUCAGAUACAAGAAACCGCGCAUUAACAGUUUCGAAUAAAAGUUGAGAAUGCUUGUACGUACGACUGGCAACAAUAACGAUUCUAGUAUCCAGGGCCGUAAAACCAUUAAUAAAAAUAUUGCAACAAUUUUUUUUACAUUCACUAUUUAAAACUAAAGCCAAAAGUAAAUCAAAAACUACUUUUUGUUAUAAGGAUACAUAUUUUUGCAUGACCAAUCAAUCUACCUAUCGUGUGUUAUAUUUUACUGUCAUAGGUAGGUAGUACGAUUGAUAACAAUCUAUAUUAAAGUAUAAUUUAGAUGUAUCAAUCGCGGGUCUCUUCAAUAGUAAAAAAAAUAAAUUUAAUUUUUGAAUUGUAAAAUUAUUAGCGCGUACAUGAAUGAGUUAAUUUGAUCUAAAAAUUAUUUCUUAUAUAAAUAGAGAUGGAUGAGAGAUGAAAGGGAAAAUUUUAAACUAGUACUUACCUACCAAUUUAAUUCAUGUGACAAUAACCCAGAAGUAGAAAGAAGGAAAAACUUACAUAAAUUUAAAUUGUUGCAAUCGACGUUAUGUUUGCCAUCCCUGACUAAUAUUGAUCGAUUAUAAUUCGAUUAAAACAAUGUUUAAAAAAUAUUUUGCGGUAUUUUAGGUCACAUUUAGAGACGAUGAGAAUGCAAGCACUUUAGUGGCUUGUCAUAAACCACUAAACUGUUUGCAUUAGUGCAGAACUUCAAUUUAUAUUGUUAUGUUGGCAGCAUUCAACCUGAUACGAGUUCCCUUAUUUUUAUAUGUAAGUAUCUUUGAAAUAUUUCCCUCCAAUUUAUUUUUGUUUUAAUAUAAUUACAACAUUUAGUUUUAUUUUUAAGAAUUAUUUAAAUUGUUAUUCAGAAUUUAAUACUUUAUGUUUAUAGCCUUUCUUUUUGUAUCCUAUUAGGUAAUACAUAAUGGAAAGCACAUCAAUAGGGCUGUGAUAUUAUCUUGUGUAAAUUGUAAAUUAUGGAACUCGCAUUAGGUCAACUUUUAUUCACUUGUUAAGUAAUAAUACUAUUUAUUGAUUAGUUAAAUAAAUAUACCAUAUAAGUAUUGUCCAUAUAUAGUUUGAAGUGUGAGACGAAUGAAAAAUAUUACCAAAUUGGGUCCAAGAAAAAAUAAACUGUUGCCGUCCGAACUUUGCCAGUGACUUUGUGACAUAAUUGUAUUUUUGGAAACUAUUAUUUUUAUUAAGUGCCAUUAUUGUAACGUUUUAUAUCAUUGUAGAAACUGAAUUUCGAAUAUUAUAAAAUAAUUACUACUAUAACCCAUCCACUAAACAUUGGGGUCGAUUCUGAGAUGGCAUAUCUCUAAAAUUUAUAAAUACAACAAAAAAAAAGUUUAAUAAAUUAGUAAAAAUAAAUUUCAAUUCGACAACACAACGAAAUUUUUUUCUAAGGACAAAUAUGAACAAAAUUUUUAAUACAUUUAAGUAAAAAUUAUUGUAAAUCUAAUUUAUGAUGGUCCAUUAUACAGUAAUUUGGCAAAACUGUUACAUUAAAAUAUUAGAUUAAAAGAUAAGGCGCCUCAGAAACGGUCCCAUUUUCUUACACUAAGAACUAAAGAAUUGGCACUAAAAUGGCUACGCCCAGAAAGGUCGUUAUAAAUUUCCAAAUAAUGAGAUAACAAUAGAUAAGACCAACUACAGUGAAACGUAUCUAUGCAGUUAUUUUUACAUUAACAUUUUUUAUCCUUAGUUACCUUUUCUUUAAGGAAAAUUUUAUAAUAGACACCCAUUGUGUUAUAUUUCAGUCGCUGUAUGAAAAUGCAUAAUAGGCAGUGCUUGUUACAUACAUUUUCAUACAACGAAAUACAAUGGAUCGGCCGCUUCUUAUUGGCUUUACGAGUAAUUCAAUUUGUGAAUAGAGAAUGUGAACAUAAUUUGUCCCUAAACCACAGAUUACAUUUAUGAACUAUAAUGUCAGGUUUCAUUUAAAUAUAGGGUGAAAACGGAAUCAUUUGCAUCGUUCUAAGACUGUUCUAUGAGUGAAAUUAAAUUUUUAGCAAAUUGUUGGCAAUUGCGACCAAAUGGCCAUAAACAACACGUCUAGCUAUCACGUCAAUAUUAAAAGUUCUAAAUUUGAUUUUCGAAUCGGAAAAACUAACUAUUUCGGCAAAAAUGUUUUCUUUUUUUUUUACAAAAAUGCCAUGAUUUCGUUAUGAGCCUAUUCAUACUUGACUACUAUAAACAUGGCUGGUUGAAUUCAAUCACAUUCACAAUUUGAUUUAAAACCGAAAUCUAAAUGCAAUCCAUUAGUGUAUUGAUGUAUUAGUGCCAAAUGGUAAUAUUGUGUUGUUAUAAUUCGUUAUUCGAAAUAAUUAUUGUUACGUACGGUUAAGAGCUAAUACCUAGUUAAUUUAAGAGGCUCUUUUAUUAAAAAUGGCAACUUUGGUGUCGAUUCUGAAGUAAAUUAAUUCUCUAUCUCUAAAAUUAAAUUCAAUUUUAUAUUAGAGCUAAUUUUGUAUUCCAAGUACCAAUAUAUAGUAUAUUUACAACAAAUUUGUGUCAGAUAUACCAACGUUAAAAUUAAUUCUUAAUUAUUCGAAAUAGCUCGAAGUAUAACGAUUCUGUUAAACUACAAUUUUAGAGAUAGAAUUAAAGGACUAAUAAGUAUCGGCCCCAGUGUCAUUUUCAGCGAUAUCAAAAAAGAUUUAGCGUACAUACAGAGGGUCUCUUAAAAUAAAUAUAUAUGUAUUUAAGGCUUUGAGUUUGUGUGACGUCAGAGGGCAGUGAGUCCAAGAGCUAAUGUGAUCUAUUGUAAAUUUAGAUUAAUUUUAAGCUGUAUGACCAUUAAGUUAUAAUGUUCCAAAAAAAAAUAAAAAUCGAUCAGUGAGUUUUAGUGUAGACACGAGCUUCCUAUUGUAUUGAUAUCAAGAUGUUUGUAACCAAGAAAACUUCAAUAUGAACGCAAAACUUUCACACUUUUGGUUAUAAACAUCUCGAUUCGUAUAUUGUUGAUUAAUUAUCAUUUGCUUAAGUAAUAUGAUUACUGCAUAAUUUGUCUGAGACAAUGUAAAAAAGUGUGCCUUGUUGCAUGUAGUUUGAGUACAAAUAUUCCCAAAUCACGUAUCGCGUUGAACGCAUCUUUGAUAUCCCGAUUUGAAUUUUAAUUACUAUGCUGUUUUUGUAUAAGCGUUACUUAUAAAAAUUCGGCAAAUACAAGUUUAUAAAAAACA